CUUCUGAUGGUCUCCAAUAUUCACUCAUCAGAGGCUGCUGGCACCAAAAGACCCCGUGCAGAAGCUGGUGGGCGGGAACGUGUCAGUCUGAACGAUGGCUGGCGCUUUCAGCGCUUCGUUGAAAAUCCAGAUGGCCUUUCAUACGACAUCUUGAAGCCGUGGAUUCUUCCAGCAGCGAAUCCAUACCUCACCGGAACCAAACAUGAUCGACCCUCCGCGCCAGGGCCGGGGGCCAACAUUACAUACGUCCAGCCGAGCUUCGAUGAUGCUGUCUGGGAGGCAGUAAACUUACCCCAUGACUGGGCUGCUACUGGAGAGUUUGACUUUUCCGAAGAAACCCCAGGUGGUACAGGUCGCUUGCCCAUUAACGGUAUUGGAUGGUACCGCAAGUCCUUGUCUAUCGAUGAGGAAAUCAUCACGUCUGGGAAAUCACUUUUCUUAGACGUUGAUGGCGCUAUGGCCUACGCUACUGCAUGGCUCAACGGAAAGUUGGUUGGUGGAUGGCCUUACCCCUACAACUCCUUCCGUCUAGACCUUACGCCGUUUGCGAAGGCUGGCGACAACGUUAUUGCAAUCCGAGUCGAAAACGCACCAGAGUCUGCAAGAUGGUAUCCUGGAGCUGGGUUGUAUAGGAAAUUAGAGUUCUUGACUACAAACGCUGUCCACGUGGGUUACCAUGGAAGCUAUAUCACCACUCCUACUAUCUCCGCCGAACAAGCGUCCGUAGAACUACGGAUCGAGGUUGAGAACAAGGGCAACUCAAGUCAAACAGUACAGGUGGCUACAAAUAUCUAUGAGCUUGAUUCAAAGUCCAGGAAAGCAACAGGCGACGCCGUCGCGAAGAUUUCGACAACAACUGUUUCCGUGUCUGGAGGAUCAAAGCAAUCCGUCAACGGCUCUACUACUGUGGCGAAUCCUAAGCUCUGGGGUCCAGCACCCAAACAGACACCGAACGAAUACAUAGCCAUCACCACAGUAUCUAGUAACGGCACGACCUUGGAUACGUACGAGACCCUGUUUGGUAUCCGCACCGUAGCCUACGACCCAAACAAAGGAAUCCUGAUCAACGGCGAGCACGUCCCCGUCUACGGGUCUUGCAACCACCAUGAUCUCGGUUCCUUGGGCGCGGCCUUCAACUACCGUGCGGCAGAGCGUCAAAUUGAGAUGCUACAAGAGAUGGGCAAUAACGCACUCAGAACUUCUCACAACCCUCCAGCACCGGAGUGGCUCGACAUUGCCGAUCGCUUGGGUCUCAUGGUUAUGGACGAGAUCUUCGAUACAUGGCAGUACGCGAAGGUGGAGAACGACUUCCAUCUCAUCUUUCCUGAAUGGUCAGAGGCUGACCUCCGUUCUUUCAUUCGCCGUGACCGCAACCAUCCCUCGAUCAUCUCGUGGAGUAUCGGUAAUGAGCUUGCUGAGCAGUCGAACUCUACAGGUACAGCUACCACUAAGAGGCUUCAAGGCAUCGUACACGAGGAGGAUCCCACAAGGCAAGUUACUGUUGGGAUGAACAAUGCGGGUCCGAACACUGGUCUAGCCGCAGAGAUUGACAUUAUUGGACUCAACUACCAGGGCGAGGGCAAAGGAAAUGCGGCAACAGGUUCUUUUGCUGCUUUCCACAGCAAGUUCCCAAACAAGAUGAUCUGGAGUACUGAAUCUGCAUCAACAGUCAGCUCUCGCGGCGUGUACAUUUUCCCGGUUACGCCCAAGAAAAGUGCAAUUGUUGGUGGAGGCCCUGGUGAAGGCGGUGACCCCAUCAACAACCAUGUCAGUGCAUAUGAGCUCUACGCGCCUUCCUGGGCUGCCUCGCCAGACAAAGUCUUUGAGCAGCAGGAUCGCAAUCCAUACGUUGCUGGAGAGUUUGUCUGGACCGGCUGGGACUACAUUGGCGAGCCCACGCCGUACGACAACUCGAGCCGCAGCUCCUACUUUGGCAUCAUUGAUCUUGCAGGCUUCAAGAAAGAUCGGUUCUACCUUUACCAAGCCCGCUGGCGCCCAGACUUUCCGCAGGUCCGGAUCCUUCCGCAUUGGACUUGGCCUGGCCGUGAAGGCUUAGUGACUCCAGUACAUGUCUUCACCUCAGGCGAUGAAGCCGAACUAUUCAUCAAUGGCAAGUCUGCUGGUCGCCAGAAACGUGGACAGUACGACUACCGCUUGCGCUGGGACAACGUGACCUACACGCCCGGUGAGAUCACCGUGAAAGCGUGGAAGAACGGCGAAGAGUGGGCGGAGGCAUCCCACCGCACUGUUGGCGCUGCUACAGCUCUUAACGUUACCGCUGACCGAACGACCAUUGAUGGAGAUGGAAAGGAUUUGUCUUUCAUCACCGUCGCCGUUGUUGACGCAAAUGGUGAUACUAUUCCGCAAGCUGACAACGAAAUUACCUUCUCCGUCACCUCUGGGCCCGGUGAGAUCGUGAGCACGGACAACGGUGAUCCUCGGGAUGGCACGCCGUUUCCUUCAAAGACACGUAAGGCGUUCAGUGGUCUUGCUCUUGCCAUCGUUCGGGCCGGGGCCGGAUCUAGUGGAGAGAUCGUAAUCGAGGCCAAGGCUGAGGGACUGACCGUUGGUACAGUCACUGUGACAGCUGCGUAGAGAUCCAUACCUGACGGCUGUGGGUUCUUCUACAUAAUUAAAAACGUAGAUUAGAUAGCCUACCCUAGAUCUUGCUCAGAGUACACACGUCC